CCCCCCCCGAGUCACCGACCCUUAGCCCCCCCGAGUUGCCUCCCAUGGCUCGUCUCUUGCGACGCCCGCUGCUUCGACGUGCUCGUCCGGUGGCUGUGGCGGUCUUCGUGAUGGCUCCAUUGCUGGGCGCCUGGAGUGCCAGGGCCAUGGCAAAGCCGCCGCUGAUGGCGAUGGAGAAGACCAUGGACUUGAAACGCUUUAUGGGCUCCUGGUACGUGCUGGCGCACAUCCCAGUGAGGUUGGUCAAGGAACAUUUGGCGCACAACGCGGUAGAGACUUAUUCCUGGGAUGAAGCAAAGGAGAGGAUCAGCGUGCACUACAGGUUCAAUGAGAACGCUGAUGAUGGGCCGCUAAAUGACAGCUACCAGCGAGGAUGGGUCAAGAACAAGGAGACCUUUGCUGAGUGGCGCGUCUCUCCCAAGUUGCCCAUUUUUGGCUACGGCAUGAGCAGUGUUUUGAGAUUGCCAUACAUCAUCGUCGAUUGCGCGGAUGACUACAACACAGCCAUCGUGGGCUAUCCGAACCGAGCUUAUCUGUGGAUUCUGAGCCGGAGCCCCACAGUCUCCAGCAAGGACUACGAUGCACUGAUUGAAAAGAGCAAAGGCUUUGGCUAUGACGAGUCGAAGAUCCGCCGCGUGCCGCAGUCCGAGAAGGGUGAGGUCUUCCAGAGCCCUCCGUGAGCCCGCGUGACGCGCGUGAUGCGGUGGAGACACCCAUUUUUCGGCGGCAGCUGCCUGAGCAGAGCAACUUCGGAGAGGGAUGAAGGAUGUGAA